CACAGCCACAAGCUAGCUCUAGCUCACAAAAUACCACUACGCUAACCCGUUUUAUCACUAUUUCACAUGACAGCAAGUUCAUCGUUAUGAUUUUCUUUCACUCUACGAGUUUUUAAGAAGAAGCUCGCGUCAAAUUGGCGGCUUUUUAAUUAUUAAUUACACAACGAGCUGCUGGCUGCUGCUAGCAAGCACAGUGUACGCGGCUAAACGACAAAGAGACCGCAGCUGCUGCAGCUGCACACUGCUGGCAGUCACAGUGUUGUUGCCAUAACUGAACACAUUACAUUAAUCAGACCAACAUGACGGGGGUGGCCUCUCCAGAGAAGGCGGCGAGCACCAAGAAGAAGAGCGAGAGGAAGUGUGCCACCAAAGAGGAGUACAGACAGCUGUCCAGCAUCAUGGGAGUCAUGAACAACCUGAGGAAACAGGGUACUCUCUGUGAUGUGACCCUGGUGGUUCAGGGGAAACACUUCUCAGCCCACAGAGUAGUGCUGGCUGCUGCAAGCCACUUCUUCAGCCUCAUGUUUACCACCAGAAUGAUGGAGUCAAUGUCCCAUGAGGUGGAGCUCAGGAGUGCCGAGCCUGAGAUCAUUGAGCUGUUGAUUGAAUUUAUCUACACAGCACGGAUUUCUGUGAACAGCAGUAACGUCCAGUCGUUGCUUGAUGCAGCCAACCAGUACCAGAUUGAGCCUGUCAAGAAGAUGUGCGUUGAGUUCCUCAAAGGACAAAUUGAUGCAACAAACUGCCUUGGUAUUUCCUCCUUGGCAGACUGCAUGGACUGUCCUGAGCUAAAGGCAGCAGCAGAGGACUUCUUCCAGCUCCACUUCACUGAAGUCUACAAACUGGACGAGUUCCUACAACUGGAUGUCACACAGCUCACACACCUGCUGCACCAGGACAAACUCACUGUCCGUGCUGAGGCCCAGAUUUAUGACGCAGCAGUGCGCUGGCUGAAGUACGAUGUGUGUAACAGGCAGCAGUACAUGGUGGAGGUGUUGGGUUGCGUCCGCUUUCCUCUGGUCUCCAAAACCUUCCUCUCCAAGACGGUGCAGGCUGAGCCCCUCAUCCAGGACAACCCACAGUGUCUCAAGAUGGUCAUUAGUGGAAUGCGCUACCACUUGCUGUCCCUGGAGGACCGGGAGGAUCUGGGAGAAAGCAGCCGACCGCGACGCAAGAAGCACGACUACCGCAUCGCUCUGUUCGGAGGCUCCCAGCCUCAGUCCUGCCGCUACUUCAACCCCAAGGACUCCACCUGGACAGACAUCCGCUGUCCCUUUGAGAAGCGCCGGGACGCCACAGCCAUCUUCUGGGACAAUGUAGUCUACAUCCUGGGCGGCUCACAGCUCUUCCCCAUCAAGCGCAUGGACUGCUACAAUGUACUGAAGGACAGCUGGUACUCCAAGCUGGGCCCCCCCACGCCUCGUGACAGCCUGGCUGCCUGCGCUGCCCAGGGCAAGAUCUACACAUCUGGGGGGUCGGAAGUGGGCAGCUCUGCCCUCAACCUUUUUGAAUGCUACGACACAAGAACAGAGUCUUGGCAGGUGAAAACCAGCAUGCUGAUGGCCCGCUGCAGCCACGGCUCAGUGGAGGCCAACGGGCUCAUAUACGUCUGUGGAGGCACGGUGGGCAAUAAUGUGUCAGGCAGGGUCCUCAACAACUGUGAGGUUUAUGACCCUAACACUCAACAAUGGAGAGAGCUGUGUGGGAUGAGAGAAGCAAGGAAGAACCAUGGGCUGGUGGUGGUCAACAGCAGGAUCUAUGCUGUGGGAGGGCAGGGGGCACUAGGUGGACUGGACUCAGUGGAGUACUAUGACAUUGCCAGUAAUGAGUGGCGUGCCGCUGCGGCGAUGCCAUGGCGAGGCAUAACGGUGAAGUGUGCAGCAGUCGGUGAGGUCAUCUACGUACUGGCAGGGUUUCAAGGUGUGGGCAGGCUCGGACACGUCCUGGAGUACCACACGGAUACUGACAGAUGGGUGACCUGCAGCAAGGUGCGUGCGUUUCCCGUCACCAGCUGCCUGAUCUGCGUGGUCGACACAUGCGGAGUCAACGAAGACGAAGACAUGGACCUCAUAGACUCUCAGUCACACGCUGCAGCCGCCGCCGCCUCCUCGUCUGCCUCGACGUCGUCAUCCUCAUAGUACAAGAAGAGGAUUCAGUGUAUGUUAAAUUGUGACGUUUGAUGACUGCUGUGACAACUUGUGCGUUUGUCGAAUGUGGAGCUGACUGACAGAGGGCAAGGCCUGACAGCUAAUGUGAAUAUUCACGUGUGUAUUUAGGCAGAAAACUGAUUGUUAUUUAAAUAUGUCCAGUAGGCAGAUUUCUUUUUAACUUUUAGCUGUGCCAGAAUUGUAGGUCCUUAUGUUCCUUAAAGUCCUUAAAGUGCCAGUGGGGCAAUGUUCCUCAAAUUUAAGGGAACAAGGAGACUUUUUAGGUUGGAUCCUUGGACUGUUUUUUUUUUAAUCUAAAAGAGAUUGAUAAAUACAGGUGGAGAUUUUUUUAAUUUAAUUUCUUGGUCCUUAUUUUAAAGAAUUUUGUGAUGUUUUUGUUGCUUGUGACGUCUGUACUGUUAUAGAGUGUAGACAGGUUGUGUAUCUAUGUUCUCCAGCUCAAUAUCCUGUUAUUAGAACACAUUAAGGGGAGGUUCACUUGUUCAGUGUACGUUUCCCUCCGUCAAAAUGUUGAAAUCACCCUCCUACAGCUUACAGCCUACUGAUGUCAUACUCCUUGAAACCUACACCCUCAAAUUUGUGGGCCAGACAGACUUGAUUUUAGACGUUGAUACCUCAACAGGGGCAGAACAGAUUUUUACAAUUCAGACUGCAUUUGAAAUGUCCACAUCCCUUCAUUCUUUUGCAAUUUGAACAGCGAAGCUAGCCCUUACUAAGUUCACUAUGUUAGUGUAUGCUGAGAAACAGGACCCUGGGAACAUAGGGAUAACCUCUUUACUGAAGUUAGACUGCAUUUAUGAAAAGCUGUAUCUUGGUUGUGUUGUGUACAUAUUUAAUACGAGUACUUUGGUAACACACUGUAACUUAAAACUUACUUGCCAUAUGUGUUUAUGACUUAAACCUAGUAGAAUGUGAUAAGUGGAAAAAAACAACCAUGUAAAUAAAUUUGAUUUAUAUUUUUUAUUAUAGAAAGAUGAUUAAACUCGAGCACCAAAUUCAUAAGUUUGAAGGCAUCUGCGAUCAUAUAAGAAUUGCUCAUUAAGAUGAUAUUAGCUGCCACACAGGUCACAGAGAUGAUAAAAUAAGACAUCUCUAUACAUUCACUGUUUAAAUCUUGUGUUGUCAUUAACUGAAUAAAACUUUUGGGUUGAAAACAUGCAUAAA